AUGACAGGUUCCACGCCGGAGAACCAAGCAGUCCCGCCGCCUCCACCGCCACCGGCAACAAAGCACGUGCCGGAGUUAGGACCACCGGCGAAGAAGCCAAAGAGGAACAAGUAUGCAUUCGCGUGUGCAAUCUUAGCUUCCAUGACUUCCAUCCUUCUUGGUUAUGAUAUAGGAGUGAUGAGUGGAGCAAUGAUUUAUAUCAAGAGAGAUUUGGAAUGUACUGAUCUUCAGAUCGGGAUUCUCGCCGGAAUCCUCAACAUUUAUUCUCUCGUCGGAUCCUGUGCCGCCGGAAAAACAUCCGAUUGGAUUGGUCGGCGUUACACAAUCGUGGUGGCCGGAGCUAUAUUCUUCGCCGGAGCUCUACUGAUGGGAUUCGCCCCUAACUACGCUUUCCUCAUGUUCGGGAGGUUUGUCGCCGGAGUCGGUGUCGGUUACGCUCUCAUGAUUGCACCUGUUUACACCGCCGAAGUUGCUCCGGCAUCUUCCCGCGGCUUUCUUACCUCCUUACCUGAGGUGUUCAUCAACGCCGGAAUAAUGCUGGGCUAUGUAUCGAACUUGGCCUUCUACAAAUUGCCUCUGAAGUUGGGAUGGAGAGUAAUGCUCGGAAUCGGAUGCGUACCUUCCGUUUUGCUCGCGGUCGGCGUUCUCGCCAUGCCGGAGUCUCCACGGUGGCUCGUUAUGCAAGGCCGUCUCGGAGAAGCCAAACGCGUCCUCGACAAAACCUCCGAUUCACCCGCCGAAGCCGCUCUCCGACUCGAAGACAUCAAAGCAGCCGCCGGAAUUCCCGCCGAUUGCCACGACGACGUCGUUCAGGUGUCGAGGAGAACCAGCCACGGUGAGGGAGUUUGGAAAGAGCUUCUAAUCCGUCCGACUCCAGCCGUCCGCCGAGUCAUGAUCGCCGCACUCGGGAUCCAUUUCUUCCAGCAAGCUUCCGGAAUCGACGCGGUGGUUCUCUUCUCGCCGCGAAUCUUCAAAACCGCGGGCCUCGAAAGCGACCACCAGCAGCUUCUCGCGACUGUAGCGGUUGGAGUAGUGAAGACGUCUUUCAUCCUAGUCGCCACUUUCCUCCUCGACAGAAUCGGAAGACGGCCUUUGCUUCUGACCAGCGUCGCGGGAAUGGUGCUCUCUCUGGCGACGUUAGCAACCUCUCUAACGGUUAUUGACCAGAUGGCCGGGAAGAAAGUGAUGUGGGCGGUGGUGCUAAGCAUAGCGACGGUGAUGACUUACGUGGCCUCGUUUUCGAUCGGAGCGGGACCGAUCACUUGGGUUUACAGCUCGGAGAUAUUCCCGUUGCGGCUGAGAUCGCAGGGAGCGGGUAUGGGGGUUGUGGUGAACAGAGUGACGAGCGGUGUGAUCUCGAUCGCGUUUCUUCCCAUGUCGGAAGGGAUGACGACGGGAGGAGCGUUUUACUUGUUCUGUGGGAUCGCGACGGUGGCUUGGGUGUUCUUCUACACUUUCUUGCCGGAGACGCAAGGGAGGAAGCUUGAGGAUAUGGAUGAGCUUUUUAGUGACUUCAGGUGGAGAGACUCCAAGUCCAAGAGCAAGCCUAAGAAACAGAGCUCGGAGGUUGAGGUUGGUGGAGUCGUUGCAUCAAACAAAGAAUUGGAUACAAAGUUGUAG